AUGGCCGAUGAGAUCUUCAAGGCUUUCGUCGGUGGGCUCCCGUUUGACGCACUCGAAAGUGAUAUUGAAACAUUGCUAGCUUUCUGCGAAUUCACUCCCGAAGAGAUUAAAACAUUUGAAAUCCAUUUGGUGCAUGAUAGAGAAACUGGACAAUGUAAAGGUUUCGGCUAUGUUACAUUCUCUACCGAGCAACAAUUGAAUACCGCUAUCAGCAGUCUCAAUGGAGCCGAUUUCGAGAAGCGUAAGCUCAAAGUGAACCGUGCUCAACAACGCGAUCGCAACGAUCGUGGCGGACGAGGAGGUGGACGUGGAGGCUUCGGUGGAGAUCGUGGAGGCAGAGGAGGCCGUGGAGGUGGUGGAGGAGGAUUCCAUCGUGGAGGCGGUGGCCGUUUCAACGACGGAGAAGGACGUGGUGGAUUCGGUGGUGGAUUCGGAAGAGGUAAUCGUGGAGGACAUCGUCAACGCAAAGAGAGUGAUGGUUUCGGAGGAAGUCAGCACGAGGACGGUCAUCAUCCACGUCAGCAUCGUCAGUCCGAAGAUGACAGUGGUCCAUCUGCUCCACCAGCUGAACGUCCACGUUUCAACUUCAAACCGCGUACCACUGAUGCGGCUGAAAUCGAAGCUCGCAAGAAGCAAGAGGAAGAAGAAACCAAAAGACGACAAGAAAAACUCUUCCAAUAG